AUGAAUGAAGAAGAAAUUAAAAUUUUAUCCAGCGAUGAUAAAUCGAAAGUGUCUCAAAUAUUAGAUAUUUUUUUGAAAAAUAAUGAAAAUGUAUUUAUUUUUCCGGAUUUAUCCAAAAAUAACAAUAGAUUAAUGCUUUGGGAUGUGUUAUUCCGGCAUAUUCAAGAAAAGUCAUCAGAACAUCUUCACGGUUCAUGUUUGUCUGCACUCAGAAUAUUAAGCCGGGAUAAAUCUGAAGUAGAUACUCUGAUUUGUGAGAAGUGGAUUAUAACUUUGAUUGAAAAGGCGGGUCUUUAUAAUUUUCUUAACAUUGAUGACGAGUCUUUGCCAGCUGAGAUAAUACCCAAGAAAGAAGAGGCCGUUGAGGCAUUAAAAUGUCUUUGCAAUCUUGCUUUGAACAGUGAGGUGGCAAGAGCACUUUGCGCUCAUACUGCUAUUGCGCAGGGUUUGGUGGCAAGGCUGAGAUCUUAUAAAGAAAUACCCUAUAAGGAUGAUAUAAUGUUGUUGGACAUGAAGUUACUCUUUAUUUUAACAGCAUUAAGAAAAGACAUAACUUCAAAGAUUAAAACUGAAUUGCAUGGAAUGGAUUAUCUUAUAAGUUGCACAAAUGAGAUAGUUUUGGAGGCAUCUUUUACACCUGAUACUGCAGGUGCUUCUAUGAGUGGUGAAACCGGAGAAGACCACCACUGUUACCUUCAUGAUAAUCAACAUGCAAUUGUAUGUGAAAUAUUAAAAGUACAAUUCAAUUUAACCCUUCAAUCAAGUGCUGAUGAGGAAGUUGACGAGACUGAGGAAGCUAUGUAUUUAAAACUUAUGCCGAUACUCACAACCCUGUUGAGUGCUCAUGCAUCUUCUGAGCAAAAAUUGAUGGAGUUACGAAGCAAUAUUGUAAAUUUACUGUUGAGUGUGCCAUUGAAAUUUUACCCGUUUUUAACACCGCAAUUAAAUGAGGGGGGAGAAAUCACAAUACAUGUAUGA